AUGGAUAGUACGGAGAUGGCUUCAACGGAACCCAACGUUUAUCUUUUUGUCCCGAACCUCAUCGGAUACGCCAGAGUUGCGCUCAUGUUUGUCGCUUUCUACUUUAUGACAAAUGCCGAGAUGUAUCAUGUGACCGUGACUUGCUAUCUGCUGAGUCAGCUGCUGGACGCGUUUGACGGUCACGCCGCCAGAAUGCUCGGCCAGACUUCAAAACUGGGUGCAAUGUUAGACAUGCUCACCGACAGAUGUAGCACAUUAGGGCUGGUUAUGGCUCUGGGCCUUCUGUACAAAGAUUGGUUCUUUUUCUUCCAAUGUUACGCAGUCCUGGACAUUGCAUCGCACUGGCUUCAUCUCACUGCUUCUCACUACACAGGUUCCACCUCACACAAAACUAUAGACCUGUCCUCUAACCCGAUACUGUAUUACUACUACCAAAACAGAACCGUUCUCUUCUCAAUGUGUGCAGGAAACGAGUUAUUCUUCGCGGCCCUCUACCUACUUUACUUUAGUGAAGGUCCCAAUUUCGGAGGUUACGGUUUCUUCAGAUCAGUAGUUAUCUGCUGUGCACCGGUUAUGGUCUCAAGCGUAAUAUCAGUGGUACAGUUAUUAGCUGCAGCAAAGAACAUCGUUAUUGUUGACACGGACGAACACACUCGAGCAAAACAAUAGAAAAAUCAACGUGCUCUUUUUUCUAAUAAACGUUAUCUCUGUAGAUAAGAGCGAUUGACUGUUGUAAUUAUUUGAAGCUUUUCAUCUACCAAAAUCUGGAUGUUUGCCAAGGAAGCAUUUGAUGUUCUAUAAAAAUCUUGUAAAUUAAGUGUAGAGUUUGGUUAGGGAUUCACAUAUUAGGUAAUCAGCCAAAAGGAGUAGGGGAUCUAGGCAUUUAGAUUACUGUUGCUGACUGGGUGAGGGUGUCCUUGCUGACGUCAGCAACAAUUAUUACUUUAAGUUCGUACAAGGUUAAAUAAAAGAACAAAAUUACAUUCUCUUUUUCAAAUUAGAUUUUUGUUUAGCAACAUAUUUUCAGUUUUGCCAUUGUGACAGUUUUAUCACAAGAUGGUGGGGAGCAUACAAUUAAGAAAAUCUUGCUUCCGUAAUAUGUUAAUGAUCCCGAAGUGGAAUUGUUUGAAAUUUGUCUUUUUCCGGAUUUUCAGAUCUUUACAGAUGAAGCCCAUGAUUCAAGUAUCUUGCCCUGGAUGAAAACAACUUUUGGAUUAAUCCAAUAUUUGCAUUUUAUUCCCGUGGCAACAACGCAUACGAGAUCGUUUUUUGACAAUAUGAGCAUUUGUUGUUGUUUUUUCUCUUCCAAGUCCCUGAAUUCAGUCGGUGCAAGCGAAGUUUUUUUUGCGAUGUUGUUAAAAAGUUCUGAUAUUGUCUAAAUCUAAUGUGUGUGAAUGAAAGAACAUGUUUGUAAGUAUAAAGCAUAGGUGUACAGUCCAACAAAACAAUUUAUCAAUCUAUUGCUAUUAUUGAAACUACUGUUAACUUUUUUCCACUUUUGACAUAAUAAUAAUAAAGUUUUCGUUGAAAAGCUGCAAUAUUGAAUCUUCAUGCUUAACAAUGCUAGCAAUGUAUUAUAUCUAUUUGAAUGCGAGUAUCCUUUUAACUUUGAGUUAGUUAUAUACUUUUAAUCAAAGUUUGCAGUUUGAUAAAAUUACUUAAUAAUAAUAAUUAUUAUAUUCGCUGUCAUGAAUUAAUAUUAUAGAUAUGCUCCUGUUAAAUAUAUCCAUAGUUUUACAUUGAAUUUGUUAAAA